UCGCAGUCUGCGACGUCGACGUCGAGUCUGCCGAGGCCAGAGAGACGAAAGCUGAAGCAUGCUGUUAUGUGAUGUGAUCUCCUCCUGUUGAGGGUUUAUUAAUUUUGGUAGGUAGGGGCGUAUGGAUCCGCUCCAAUUCGGAAUCGAUCCAGCAAGUCCUCGACCGACCUGGACUGACUGGAGGACGACAAUAUUUCUCUCUCUAAUUAAUCUCUCUCUAUAUAUAUGGAUGGAUAUUAUAGGCCGGUGAUUGAACAAAAUAGCUGGUUUCUCCUGUCUCGUACGGCAAGCGACGACGUCAGGCAUGGCGGCGGCGGCGGAGCGGAGGCAUGUCCACCUGUGUCUCACCGACCACAGGGACCGGACCUACACGCUGCACUCGGUGGACGUGGAACCCUUGUUCCAAUCGGAGCCGGAGCCGGAGCCGGAGGCCAUGGACGUGGGCGUGCCCCUUCCUCCUCCCGCCGUGCGCUUCCAGGUUCCCCCGCACCCGAGCGGGAUACCCGACGCUACCACCGCCUUGAACUUCCACCUCCUCGGCGGCGACCGGAUCGUGUCCAUCGACGAGCUGCGCCGGACCCUCAUCUGCGACGCCGCCAACGGCGCCAUCCGCGCCGGGCCCACGGUGGGCGCCGAGAAGUACCACACCAUCUCCGCGUCGGUCCCCGCCGGCGACGGCGACGGCGACAACCUGUACGUCCUCGACCACAUCCCUAGCGAGAGGCGCAGCUGCUUCGAGGCCCUCCACUACGUGCCUGACCGCGACGAUUGGUACUGGCACGACCUCCCGCAGCCGCCGUACGUGCAAGACCCCGGGUACGGCGGCUCCCAGGUCCUCUCCCACGCCGUCGCCGGCGCAGCCAUCUGGACGUACGUGGAUGGCGUUGGCACCUACUCCUUCCACACGGCGCGCCGCGCCUGGCGCAAGGAAGGCGACUGGGCGCUCCCGUUCCGCGGCAAGGCGGAGUACGUCCCUGGGUGCAACCUUUGGUUCGGCAUCUCCUCCUCGCCAGACCGCCGCCUCUGCGCCGCGGACCUCAACACCGCCACCGCCUCGUCGCCGCCGGAGGUGCGCGGUGUGUGGGAGGACUUCAGGCCGCCUAGGGAGUGGUUCUGGAACACCUCCGCCAUAGUGCACCUGGGAUGCGGCAGGCUGUGCACCGUCAGGUUCUUCGCCACCGACCCCACUGACAAACGUUGGCGAAAGCGAUGCCCUGUGGCGGUUAUCACCGCCCUCGAGGUACAAGUACAACACGAUGGCGACGGGGCCCAGAGGAUCCAGAUGGUUAGGCGUAGGUCCACCUGUAUCAAGCUCUCCAACUAUAAUGCAUCAGUAUACUGGAUACUCUAGUUAGUAUUUUUUUUCCUAUUGUAUCUCCAACUAUAAUGCAUCCAACUUUAAUGCAGUAGUAUUACUCUCUCCA